AUGUCCACCGCCGUUGCUGCCCCGCCCAGCACUGCUGCUCACACCUCAUCAUCGUCUACUACAGAGACAUCGAGAUCAUAUAGUACCAUAGCUCCGCUCCAUCCUGCUACCACUCCUUCAAAACCCUCUCAGACGAGCGCCCAUAACUCUCCACACUCCAGUGAUGGCGCGUCACAAAGAGGGAUGGAGCCUAGGCGCUCCCCGAAUUCGCUUCGCGCUCCACCAGCCAAGAUCUCGGUAAAGAAAGAACCCACCUCCCCCGAAAUUCCGACCGGCCGUCAUCGUCCUCGUCGCCUCGAACUAGCCAAUAACGGUCCAAUUGGCCAGACUACAUUGACUGCCAGGGGUCCUAUGACUGCGAAAGAGAGUGCUGGGCUUGCUAUACAGGAUGUCGGCCUUGCAUGUCUCUCUCCAGGUUUUCACACGCAAGAUCCUAGUAUGAGAGAACAGCUGCAGCGUAGCAUUGAUGUGCGAGAAAAUCAGAGAAAGAUUAUUGAGGCACGGCAGAAGAAUGCCGGAAAGACACCUGCAGAUCCUGCCGAGGGCUCCAGGCAAGAUUACAACUCUUUCAGGUCUGCUGCAAAGACACCAGGGACAUCCAGACGCAAAGGCCCACCCCCAGGUCUAUCAAUCAAUGCACCAUCGCACCAGCAAUUUGCGAAUGAGCGUGUCAUCCAAUCGGCGCCUCUUCACCAGACGUUUACUGGCCUGCGUCCUCAGCCAGGUCAGCCCAUGCCUAGACAAGUUGCCAAUGCUCCUUCAAGCUUGUCUCACACCUCACAUAUCCACCACGUCCCAGCUACGCAGACCAGUAACCGUUUACCUCCCAUUUCAGACGUCUUUGCCGCCGAAGGCAUCGGCCGCCACUCCAACCACAGCCCUGGCCAUUCCUCAAACUCCAACAACCAACCGCCUUUACCUUCUCCUGGUUUCCCUCCAAGCCAGCAACAAUCCCAACAGCCUCCUCCCACCAGCCGACCACGUGAGUACAAAUCCGCCGAAGAAGCCGUUGCAUCCCUAUCGGGAGGUCGAGAAGAUCUCAUGCCCAAGAUCGUGCACUACGGUGGUCACCAGCCUCCCACGCCACCCUCCCCGAUGCCUCAGCACGGAAGCGCUAAUUAUCAUCCCGGCGCAGUUCCUUCUUCAGAAUUACAUCGCACUAGCAGUGCAAGACGACGAGGCCGCGAUGAGUACGAACGUGACGCUGGAUCUCCACCACUUGGCCGUCAAGCCGAACCGCGAAGAUCUGGACCAUUCGGCGAAGGCCGCGACUCUCCAGAGACGCAACGCAAGAAGAAAGAAGAAUUCAUUCAGCUUUGCGCUCGUGCGUGGGAUCUGAUGCACUCAUGA